AUGUCUAGAUUUGCCAGAGGUUUGAAGCGCAUUGCGCUUCCCACCACAAUCGCUGCGGUUGGUGGUGGUGCGCUUCUGUACACAUAUCGACCCCGGAAUAUUCCAGGCUUCGAAGGCCCUGCGGUCCCUCCUCCCAUCUACGGCGCCGAUGGCACAUUUAAGCUCCCUCGAUUUCCGAAAGUGAAAUCCCGUGAGGAGCAGAUAGCCGACCUAAAAAAGAGCACCGGAGAAGAGGAGGAGUAUGAUAUGCUUGUUAUUGGCGGCGGAGCCACCGGGGCAGGUGUUGCAUUAGAUGCUGUUACUAGAGGCCUCAAAGUAGCAGUCGUCGAGAGAGACGACUUCAGCAGUGGUACCAGUAGUAAAAGUACCAAGCUUGUACAUGGUGGUGUGAGAUAUCUGGAAAAAGCUGUAUGGAAUUUGGAUUACAGUCAGUACCAAUUAGUCAAGGAGGCCCUCAAGGAACGCAAGUAUUUCUUGCAGACAGCUCCUCAUCUGAGUUCGUGGCUGCCUAUUAUGCUUCCUUUGGACAAGUGGUGGAAGGCACCAUACUAUUGGGCUGGUACCAAGUUCUACGAUUUCCUUGCUGGUAGCGAAGGUAUCGAGAGCUCUUACUUUUUAACCAGGAGUAAGGCUCUAGACGCGUUUCCCAUGCUGAAGCAGACUGAUCUUGUUGGUGCUUUGGUAUACUAUGACGGCGCGCACAACGACUCAAGAAUGAACGUCUCUAUUGCCAUGACCGCAGCGGUAUACGGAGCUACCGUGCUUAAUCAUGCUGAGGUGACUGGGCUGACGAAAAAUGAGAACGGCAAGCUAAACGGUGCUCUGGUGAAGGACGUGAUCAGUGAGCGCAAUGGUAAGAAGUCUGAUCCAUUUACCGUCAAGGCUAAAUGUAUCGUGAACUGUACCGGUCCAUUUACCGACUCUAUCCGGAAACUUGACGACCAGGAUUGUGCGGAAAUCGUUGCGCCUGCUUCGGGUGUCCACGUCAUCUUACCCGGUUACUAUAGUCCUUCAAACAUGGGAUUAAUCGAUCCAUCAACGUCAGACGGCCGAGUUAUCUUCUUCCUCCCGUGGCAAGGAAAUACCAUUGCUGGCACGACUGAUGAGCCUACAACUAUCUCUCCAAAUCCCCUCCCCGACGAGAAGUCGAUUCAGUGGAUUUUGAACGAAGUUAGCCAUUAUCUUUCUCCGGAUAUCCAUGUUCGCCGUGGCGAUGUGCUUGCAGCUUGGUCUGGCAUUCGUCCUCUAGUCAAAGACCCCAAGGCCCAGAACACUCAAUCGCUGGUACGCAACCACCUUGUUGAUAUCUCCAGCUCCGGCCUCGUGACAUGUGCAGGCGGAAAGUGGACGACCUACCGACAAAUGGCUGAGGAUUGUGUGGAUGCAGCAGUCAAGGAAUUUAACCUUCCUACUAAACCCUUCCCUAAUGCCCCACGAGUAAGCGGCACCGAAGCUAUAGACGACGGUGCAAUUCUAGACGGAUCAUGCCAGACUCACAACGUCCGGUUAGUUGGUGCCCAUGGUUUCAGUAAGACCUUAUUCAUCAAUUUGAUUCAACACUUUGGCGUCGAGACCGAGGUCGCUAAGCACUUGACCGAGAGCUACGGUGACAGAGCAUGGACUGUUGCGGCCAUGUGCAAGCCGACAGACCUCCGAUUCCCCGCAAGAGGAGAGCGGAUAGCUCGUCUCUACCCGUUUGUAGAUGGCGAAAUCAGAUAUGCUAUCACCAACGAGUAUGCGCAGACUGCCGUUGAUAUCCUCGCACGAAGAACGAGACUGGCCUUCCUGAACGCCCAGGCUGCGCUUGAGUGCUUGCCCAAGAUCAUCGAUAUCAUGAGCCAAGAACUGAAGUGGGACCGAAAGAGACAGGAGCAAGAAUGGAAAGACACCGUAGAAUUCUUGCAGUCAAUGGGCCUGCCCGGGCCGAUGCUUACCGUAACCAGGGCCCAGGUUGAGAAGGGCAAGCUCGACUUUAGCUCCUCGCUCGAAUACAAGAUGUACUCGAGACACAACAAGCCCCCCGUUGUAGAAGAGUAA